UUGGUAGGUAGGGGAUCGUUGAUGGUUCUUCGACGGUGUCAUACUUACGUUGGUGUACGUUUCCAGAGCAGCACAUCAUCCUAUAGUACAGUUUCUUCACCCGCGACCGUGUGUGCAUGCAUUGUCACCGCGUUCGCUCUAACUAACAAAUAUACGACAUCCGUAGCCAUGGCUGCGCUAAAAACACUUCUGAACAAGUUUUUCCAAUUAAUACCUGAGUAGUACCCUGAGUUCCCUAAUCGAUCGUAUCCCUGCGUAUUGGUCACGUGUCGCACGGGGUGUAUUAGUGCACGCUUCACAAAAUCACGCAUUUACAUUACACCGUGCCCUGGUAUAUAUAUGUGCGCGUUGUGUUGUGUUGUGUGACGAAAUUACGUGAUGGUCUCUAAGGUGGAUGUAAAUAUCGGGUGCGAGGCUCGCUUUGGUACUUAUCACGCUAAAGAUAUGAGUGAAAAAGCUGACACGGAUUUCGAGUUCGCAAUACCACCGGAGGCACCAGUAUUUGAGCCAACAGCCGAGGAAUUCCUCGAUCCCCUUGGCUACAUCUCCAAGAUUCGUCCGAUAGCCGAAAAAUCAGGGAUAUGCAAAAUAAAACCACCACCAAAUUGGCAACCACCCUUUGCCGUGGAUGUUGACAAAUUUAAAUUCGUACCAAGAAUACAGAGACUAAACGAACUUGAAGCUAAAACCAGGAUAAAAUUGAAUUUCUUAGACCAAAUAGCCAAAUUCUGGGAGCUUCAAGGAUCCUCGCUAAAAAUUCCACUGGUCGAAAGAAAAGCUCUAGACCUAUAUUCUCUUCACAGAAUCGUCACUGAGGAAGGUGGCAUCGAAAUCGUAACUAAAGAACGAAGAUGGGCAAAGAUUGCGAACAGGAUAGGAUAUCCAUCCGGAAGGAGCGUUGGGAGCAUCCUGAAAACUCACUACGAAAGAAUUUUAUAUCCAUUUGACGUUUUUAAACAAGGAAAGACAUUGACCGAUAUUAAAAUAGAACCAGAAACAGACGUAAAUGAAAAAAAGGACCGAGAUUACAAACCGCACGGUAUAAUAUCGCGUCAGCAAAUAAAACCGCCGAACGAAAAAUUUUCACGACGUUCGAAGCGGUUUACUGGAACGGAUGAAAAGCCAGAUGUCCUUACAGACUGCACGUCACCCGUCAAGCAAGAGGAUUGCAAGGACGAGUGCGACUCCGACAAUGACAAGGAUAAGGAUAACAGUAAAGAGCUUAAAAAGCUACAGUUUUAUGGACCUGGACCAAAAAUGGCCGGCUUCAAUACCAAAGAAGUUAAAAAACCAAGUAAAACCAGAGGCGUCAAGUUACACUACGACUUCGACCCACUGGCUAAAUACAUAUGUCACAAUUGCGGAAGAGGCGACACAGAAGAGAGCAUGCUUCUGUGUGACGGAUGCGACGAUAGCUAUCACACGUUUUGUCUUAUGCCUCCGCUAACAGAAAUACCCAAAGGAGAUUGGAGGUGUCCGAAAUGUGUCGCUGAAGAGGUAUCGAAACCUAUGGAAGCUUUCGGAUUUGAACAGGCUCAGCGAGAGUACACGCUGCAACAAUUCGGGGAAAUGGCCGACCAGUUCAAAAGCGAUUACUUCAACAUGCCAGUACACAUGGUGCCAACCCCGUUGGUCGAGAAAGAAUUCUGGCGCAUCGUAUCCUCCAUAGACGAGGAUGUGACCGUCGAAUACGGAGCUGACCUCCACACCAUGGAUCACGGUUCGGGGUUCCCUACUAAAACCAGCGUCAAUUUGUUCACCUGCGAUCAGGAGUACGCCGAAUCUUCAUGGAACCUGAAUAAUUUGCCGGUUUUGCAAGGCAGCGUUUUGGGCCACAUAAACGCGGACAUCAGCGGUAUGAAGGUGCCGUGGAUGUACGUAGGGAUGUGCUUCGCAACCUUUUGUUGGCACAACGAAGACCACUGGAGCUAUUCCAUUAAUUACUUGCACUGGGGAGAACCCAAGACUUGGUAUGGUGUUCCUGGAACCCAAGCGGAGCGGUUCGAACAUUCCAUGAAAUCUGCUGCCCCAGAGUUGUUCCACAGCCAGCCGGACCUUCUCCACCAACUCGUCACGAUCAUGAACCCGAAUAUACUCAUGAACGAAGGAGUUCCAGUGUUCAGAACUGAUCAACACGCUGGUGAAUUUGUCGUAACAUUUCCCAGGGCUUACCAUGCCGGAUUCAAUCAAGGGUACAAUUUUGCCGAGGCCGUUAAUUUCGCACCGGCCGAUUGGCUAAGAAUGGGCCGCGAAUGUAUUUCACAUUAUUCCAAUCUUCGACGUUUCUGCGUCUUCUCCCACGACGAACUAGUUUGCAAAAUGUCCCUCGAUCCCGAUUCUCUCGACAUCGGUAUUGCAACGGCUACGUAUCACGAUAUGCUCCAGAUGGUCGACGAUGAGAAGAAAUUACGGAAAAAUCUUCUGGAAUGGGGUGUAACAGAGGCAGAAAGGGAAGCAUUCGAGUUAUUACCAGAUGACGAGAGACAGUGCGAGGCAUGUAAAACAACUUGUUUUCUGAGUGCAGUAACUUGCGCAUGCCACAAUUCACAACUAGUUUGUCUAAGGCAUUUUACUGACCUCUGUGAUUGCUCGCCGGACAAGCAUACUCUCAGAUAUCGUUAUACCCUCGAUGAGUUACCAAUAAUGUUGCAAAAGCUUAAACUUAAAGCAGAGUCUUUUGACUCCUGGGUAACAAAAGUGAAAGAGGCAAUGGAUCCGAAAGGUGACAAAAUUGAGCUUACAGAACUCAAAGAGUUACUUAGUGAGGCUGAAGUAAAAAAGUUUCCUGAGAGUGAGUUACUCACUGCUCUUACUACUGCGGUUCAAGAUGCUGAGAAAUGCGCGAGCGUUGCUCAGCAGCUACUGAACAACAAGCAGCGAACAAGGACCCGGCAAUCUGUUGAUACAAAAUAUAAACUUACAGUCGAAGAAUUAACACUAUUUUAUAAAGAGAUAACAAAUCUUUGUUGCGAACUAAAAGAAUCCGAUGGUGUUAAAUACAUACUCGAUCAAGUUGUUCAGUUUCAAAAAGACGCUGAAGAACUUGAAUUGAAAGACGAGGUUUCCGAUGUUCAAAAACUCGAGAAAUGUAUAGAUUUCGGCGAUUCUAUUUGUAUCGAAUUACCUCAGCUGGUCAGACUCAAACAGAGGUUGCUACAGACGCAAUGGUUGGAAGAAGUCAAGUCUAUCCAAGAGGAGACAAAUUCGGCUAGUCACGAAGACUUGACGAAGCUCGUAGAAAAAGGGAUGUCGAUUCCUCCGCAUAUCAGUAUAGAGAACACGCUCUCAAAAUUACAAAACUUGAUGAUGAACAUAGAAAAAUGGGAAGACAAGGCCAAGAAUUAUCUACAGAAUAAAAAUCGGCAGACGAUCGCAACGAUAGAGGACUUUUUAAAGGAAGCCGAUGCGAUCGACGCCUAUUUACCGAGUCUGGAUACAUUACAGGACAUUUUAACUAAGGCCAAGAAUUGGACCAAAACCGUUGAGGGCAUACAGGCAAAGGAAAACUUUCCCUACUACGAUACCCUCGACGACUUGGUCCGCAGGGGGCGAAAUAUUCCUCUUCACUUGGACGCACUGCCUAUUCUCGAGUCGACGUUGUCCCAAGCGAAAGUUUGGAAGGAAAGAACGGCAAGGACUUUUCUGAGGAAGAAUUCUCACUAUAGUUUAAUGGAAGCUCUCUCUCCGAGAAUCGGAGUUGGCGUUCAGGCGAUGAAAACCAAAAGAAACAAAGGGGAGGAACCGGUUGGGGCUGUGUUCGUCUGCGACACAAAAUUGGAUGACACAAAUGAUUCGGCGAACGUAGUCGCAGCUUUUAAGCUCGCUGAACAGCGAGAAAUGGAAGCGAUGAGAAAUCUUAGAGAGAGGAAUUUGACCAAGACUGAGAUGGACGAUUCGAGAUAUUGCGUGUGUCGAAGACCUCGGUUCGGACUGAUGCUGCAGUGCGAGUUGUGCAAGGAUUGGUUUCAUUCAAACUGCGUGCCUUUACCAAAAACCACCUACAAAGGAAAGCUGCCCGUAUCGCGCGAGACCAAGUUCCUCUGCCCUUGCUGUCUGAGGUCACGCAGACCGAGGCUCGAAACUAUACUGGCCCUGUUGGUCAGUUUGCAGAAAAUAUCCGUGCGGCUGCCGGAAGGCGAAGCACUCCAAUGCCUCACCGAACGAGCGAUGAACUGGCAAGAUCGUGCAAGGCAAGCCCUCGCAACAGAUGAGCUUUCCUCAGCGUUGGCGGAGCUUUCGGUCUUAUCACAAAAGCUCGUUGAAGCAGCGGCGAGGGAGAAAACGGAAAAAAUAAUCAGCAGCGAGUUGAAAAAGGCUGCCAACAAUCCCGAGCUACACCAGCGAGUACAAGCCAUCGCUCCACUUAGCGGGGUACAUUCCGACGACAGCGUACCUAGCACCGCUGACGACGACGACGACAUUGUUACCAUCGAGGAUGACGAGCCUACUUGUAGUACGUUUAAUAGUAACGAACACGAUUAUUCGUACGUUUCAAAGUUUCAACCGAGUAAACUCCAGUCACAGGACGCCGACGCCGCCGUCGUUUUGUCGGAAACGGCGCGGGGUCGGUUAGAGGAGUUAAUGAUGGAAGGUGACCUUCUCGAAGUCGCCUUAGACGAAACGCAAGACAUAUGGAAGAUCCUAAGUCAUACGAAUAUCCCCAGUAGCGUUCAAAAGUACGCACCAUUCGAAGAGGUUCAAGCUUCCUUCAAACAUGACAUAAAAGAUGUGAAAAAACGGGGGAGGAAACGUAAGUCCGAGGAAUUUGAGCUCCUCAAAAAACUCGGCAGGCAAAAAGUUGACGAAAAAAAUAUCAUGAAGCGCAAAGGUCUGGUCAAGGAGAAGAAAAUCGUCGUAACCCCCGCAGCUACCGUUGGUCCGAUCAAACGGGGCCCCAGAAAGAUGAAGCGUAAGGAGGGUGAAGAGGGGCCGAAAAAGCGCGGAGGCAACAGAAAGAAGACGAAACAGGACACAUCCGACGAAGAAGACGAUUGCGCGGCUGUGAACUGUCUUCGCCCAAGUGCAGGACGAGAAGUUGACUGGGUUCAAUGCGACGGAGGUUGCGACGGUUGGUUUCACAUGCACUGUGUCGGCUUGGACCGAGCCGAGAUCGCUGAGGAAGACGAUUACAUAUGCAGCAAUUGCAAAGACGGCGAGCAGAAUGUCACGAUGGACUGAAUACGUCACUGCUCGUGCACCCGAAGAAUUCCGGGCAAAUAUUAUCAACGACGAAGGGGAUAUCGUUAUUCGGUAAUUAUUUUCAUUGAAUAAUUUUCGAUAUCACGAAAGGAGCACAAACUUACAGAGUGUUUUGAUUCGCGUGGUUUUUUUUUUUUUUUUUUUAUAAGUUCACCUCAUUUUACGUUUUUCCAUUUUGUGAAUUCGUCGUUUCUCUGUAAAAUCAAUUCAUACGACGUCUAUAUUUUAUGAUAACUUUUGAGCGAAUGACGAACAGACGAUUGCGAGAAAUAAAAUAAUAUAAAAUAAAAUAAGAUACGACAAAAAAAGUAAAUAAUUUUUACCAACGAGUAGACAGAAACUAAAAGAGAAUACGAGCAGCUCGUGCUUCACAGGUGUAUAGGUUCGGUAUGAUUAGGAUAAAAAAAAAUACUAAGUAACUAGUGAUUUAUAAAAGGUACAUGAAUAUAGUGUAGAUAAAUACAGAUUGAAUAUAUUAUAGACUGUGUAGAUUAAUACCCAAUAUCAUGAGUUAUAAAUUAAAUGAUCUACAAUAUUCUACGUGUAGAUGCAAAACGGUAGUUUUCCAUCGUAAUAAACGAACACUUACAUCUUUUUUAGAAUAAAAAUACGGUAUACAAAGUGUGAUUGUACAAUUUUUACAUUUAAAUACAUAACAUGUAUGUACAACAAUUAUUAACUAUAUUUCACAUAUACUAUAUGUAUUCUCACGAUAUACGUGACCGUAUAAAAAAAAAAAAAAAAGAAGAUAUUUUCUAUAUGCAUAUUGUGUAAAAUUAAAAUUUUAAAUUUAAACAUAAAAAGUAUACGUGUAACGCGAAACGGUAAAUAAGUUAUUUUCAAUACUAUAGAGACAAACCAAAAAAAAAAAAGAAAAUAACAAGAACUUUUCAAUGAAGAUGAAAUUCAAGGCAGAGAUAAUUUUUUUUUUUUUUCUUCUUCUUUAGGUAAUAUCUACCGCUCACGAUACACCUAAUAUCAAAAUGUAUAAUGUAUAAUGAUAAUUAUGUAAUAUAAGUACAAUUUCAUUCGAGAGAAGACAAUUCGAUAUCGUAGAUUCGUACUAACAAUAAAUAAAAUAUGAUGACCAGUAGUUUUUCGUAUGUCGUGAAAAUGAGAAUGAAUAUCGAUCAUCAAUCUUUUCGUUGUUUAGAAUUAUACAUCUAUACAUAGAUUAUCAUUAUUUUUUUUUUUUCGUACGGUUGAUUCUUUUUUCAUUCAUUGUGUUGUACUAGAUCGAGUUUCUUAAUCAUUAUUAUUAUGUAUAGAUAGAUUUAUGACGUAGUGAAUUGGAUAAGUUAAAAAUAAGAGGAAUUAAGAGAGGUAAAAGAAAAUAACAAAAAUACUGUCGAAAGUUUGUGUUAAUCCUUAAGUAAUAUGAAUAACAUACAUAUAUACUUAACCGUGUGCUGCGGACGAUCAGAAAAUAGACGGACGUUGAGAUAUAUUUAUGAAAUACGUCGUCCGGUCCGAAAGAAUUAUGCAAAUGACUCGAAAUGACAAAGAAAAAAGAAAAAAAAAUAAG